AUGGUAAAGGAGCACUCAACACUGCUACAGAACUAGGGGUAAAGACUCAGAGACUCGUUUCGAAGUCUCCCUCGUCAGCCGUAUUGAACAAGAAACGAGGUGAAACAGCAGAAAAAACCAACAAGAAUAAUGGACGUAAAAUCUCUAGCAAAAUCGAAGAGAUCUCACACUCAACAUCAUCAACCCAGAAAACCCCAUCAUCAUUCUUCCAAGAAUACUUCAUCUUCUUCUUCAACUUCGAAUUCUGCAACUUCAAAAGAUGGUAAAGAUAAGAAGAGGACUACUCAACCAUCACCGCCUUCACUCCCUUCCAAUUGGGAUCGAUACGAUGAUGAAAUUGAAGAAAACAGUGUUGAAUUGGAUUCGGAUGAUGUGGUUAAACCCAAGAGUAAAGGGGCCAAUUUCAGUGAAUUGAUUGCCCAAGCUAAGGAGUCUCCCUCUCAUUUUUCCAAUUCUUUUGAUGAUAGAAUGCCUGAGUUUUGUCAGGGAGUGGCACCAAUGCUUGCUGUUAGGGGGAAAAAGAUCAUUUUACAGAAUAGGGAUGAUGAUUUUCUCAUGCAGGAUGAAGCAAUUGGCAUCCAAGAGAUACCAUCUUUGACCUUAGAUCUAAAAGAUCUUGCGGAGCGGCUAUCAAAAGUAGACUUAGCCAAAAGACUCUUCGUUGAAUCAGAUCUUUUUCCUCCAGAGUUGCAUCACCAAGAUGCGAGAGAAGCUGAUAAUCAGGCGCCUUUACAUACAUCUGAGAGACAAAAGAUAGAAAAAAUUGACAGUUUUGGUGAGUUACUAGCUCUUUAUUUGGAAGAGGAACGAAUGGCUAAGAGUCAUGAUGUAGAGAAAGAUGGUAAGAUGCCUUCAUCAAAUAAUACCAGCCGCCAUGAUCUAGAUCCAGAAUCAAAAUCAGAAUCUAAAGGUGAUAUAACAUUGAGCCGAUUGGAUGACAUGGAAUUUCUUGAUGAUAGAGAAAAAGUACAACUUGAUCAUGGUAGCAAGAAACAUGCAGAGAGCAAAUUAGAUGAUGUAGGGCAGGUUAGUCAUGUAACUAAGCAAGUUGCAAAUAGCAAAUCAGACGACUUGGAAUUUCUGGAUGAGAGAGAAAAGCCUGAGUUUAGUCAUGUAAGUGAGCAAGAAAUAAGGCCGUUAUCAAGAUAUGAAGCUGCUUCUGCAGAAGCAGAGCUUGACAUGCUUCUUGGAUCAUUUAACGAGACAAAGCUUUUUGAUACUCCCUUAAAUCAAACAGGAACCUCUGCAUCAUUUAUCACGGGACAUAAAGCUAAUCAUUUAGCUCCAUUACAACAUUCAUUGGGCCAAUCUGCACCUGCAUUUCCCAUCAUAAGUAGUCUCGAUACUGAGCUUGAUGACCUCCUCGCAGAAACAUCCAACCCAAGCAAUACGGAUAGUCUUUUCCGAUCCACCCAGGUUCCCUCAUUGUCUACACCCCAAUCCGGUUCCAACUCCAAGGCUAUGGAAGAUUUUGAUUCUUGGCUGGAUACUAUAUAAUUGUAAUUUCUGAAUUCCUGUUUGUAUUCUAGAUGUGUAUUGUACAUGUUUGUCAAAGUCUAUACUUUCUUCCUUUGUUAUUCUACUUGAUAGAUUUUGUAGUUGACUGAACUAGUUGUUUUAGCACUCUUCUACAAUCACUGCCCUUGGCUUACGUAGUUGCUACAUCAUGUGUUUCUGCUUUGGACAGGUGGAAACAUUGACAAUUCUGAAACUUGUCGAGGGAUAUCUUGUCAAUAAUAGCUGUUUUUAUCUGAAUUUUCCUCUGUAAGAGGUGAUUAA